UCUGUAGCCUAUAGUCGAUCGCAAAACGUUCGCGCUUUCACCAACGCGUUGCUGCAGAUGAUCAUGCUUCGGUAUAUUCUACGUACGCAAUGUAUAGUAUCGUGUAGUAUGGUAAACAGGAAUAUAUAGUUUGGCCGCACGCCGUACGUUAACGGACAUUGACAACAAAGAAAAAGAAGCCGCUUAGCUCCUUCAAUACAUAGAAAAAUUCGAUAAGAAACGAUGGAAAAAUAUGAGGUGUUAAAACAGGUUGGCGAAGGAUCUUUUGGACAAGUAUACAAAGCAAAGAAACGAUGCAACGGUGAAAUCGUAGCUUUCAAAGUGAUUCGAAAGCGUGGUAGAUCAUUCAAGGAGUUGAGAAGUUUACGUCAAGAAUGUGAAAUUCAGCGCCAUCUUCACCAUCCAAACAUAGUGCAAAUGCUUGAUUCUUUUGAAACAGAGAACGAGAUAGUUGUCGUGACCGAAUACGCGGACAAGGAAUUGUACGAAAUAUUAGGUAAAGCUGGCCGUCUCUCCGAACAGAGAGCACAAGUAAUUGCUUGCGAUCUCGUCUCCGCGCUCUACUACUUGCAUUCGAACAGAGUACUUCACAGGGACCUAAAACCACAGAACGUACUGCUGGAAAGCAACGGAGUAGCAAAGUUAUGCGAUUUUGGAUUUGCUCGCAGUAUGAGUACAGGAACGCACGUAUUAACCUCCAUAAAGGGAACUCCAUUGUACAUGGCUCCAGAGCUGAUAGAGGAACGUCCUUAUGAUCAUAACGCAGAUUUAUGGUCGCUUGGUUGCAUAGUGUACGAGCUAGUGGUAGGAUCUCCACCUUUCCAAACUACUUCUAUUCUACAUUUGGUCAGGCUGAUAAGAUUCGAGGCGAUAAAAUGGCCUGAUUUCAUCUCUCAGAGUUGUAAAAGUUUCUUACAGGGAUUGCUACAAAAGGAUCCUUUGCAAAGAUUAACAUGGCCAGCGCUGUUAGAACAUCCUUUCGUUAAAAAUAGAAUCGUGAUAGUAGGCGGAGGUGGGCCUACAUCUUUUACUACGCCUCUAUCCGCGAGUCAAGCCAGAGAGAAACAGCUACAAUUACAGAAUUUAGCGAUACAUCCUAUCGAUCAUCAGUCUAAAUUUUUAGAGAAAGCUAUUAAAAAGCUGCACGAACAGGAAAGAACGAUCGAGGAACGUCGACAGAGAACGUGUACGUUGCAUCCGCGCGUACGUCAGAUUCCUCAGGGAUACUGUCAACACGGCAUGAACCAGUGUUACAAUUUACGUCAUAGCGAACCCAGUGGGACAGAUUCUAGCACCAGCGUCGAUGUGCUUUUAGGAAAUCUUAGCUUAAGAGCAUCGUUGAAAAGCGAAUUACUCUCUGCGGACAAUGCAUGGUGUCUAAGCAACUGUCCGGUGAAUAGAAUCGCGGAAAGCGAACAAGAGACUUUGACCUUCGAAGAGACGUCGAAUCGGGAAUUGGCGAUUCGUUUCGACGAACAGCAGAAUCAAAUACAACGUCGAGAAACAGAAGAAAUGAAAGAAAUGAAAGAAAGGAAAGAAACGGAAAGAAGCAUCGAACCGACCGGCAUCGAGGACGAUAUACCGAGUACAACGAAACGCGUCGUAUCUCGAGAUAUCGAGACAAUUUGUUCGGAGAAAGAGCAUCGAAACCCCGCGACAAAUGGUCUUUCGCCGAGCAGUAACGGCCGAUUACCCGAUUGGGACCCAAAAGCUGUGGAAAGACCGAUCGAGAACGAAGAAUGGAUCGCGUUUUUACAACGAUCCAUGGAGGAGGUGAUGGAAGGAGAGGUAGGAUCGUUGCUGCAGCAAAAUUGCGUAUCGGUAUUCGUAUCUCCGUUGAGAAAUCCAGCCGCUGGUUGCCGAGUGGUCGAAUACGUUGCCUGUCUUUUAUCUUUACCAUUCGUCGUUUCGAUAACCAAAGACACUCUGGAAAAGAUCGCGCAGGUAUAUCUGGACGUCCGCGUCGUACCGAAUCUCGUCUACGCUCUAAAGCUGUUAAUGUCCGAACGUUUCGAGCCCGAGACGAAUAGAAAAGCCGAGCCGACGAAUGCCAACACCAGAUCGGCCUCCACGUUAUCCGCGGACGAGCUUCAAACUUUGGAAUAUACGAUGCUCGUACUUUGCAGAUUGACUUACAGUCGGCAACAAUUCCUCACGCAGUUUUGCGACGCCGUUUACAUCGUAAACGGAGUGACGUCGUUGCAACAGUUGCUAAGCUUGGAGAAAAGAAAAGCACGCGUAGUCGCGGAUCUCGUUGCGAUUUUGAGCAACGUGUUGCGUUCUCAGCCCGAAAACGCUCAUCUCGUGGAGAAGGUCGUGUUUCGUUCACGUUUACCGGGAAACUCGAUAGAACAAUUCGGCAAAUUGCUUACUCAUCGGCAGGCAGCCCUCAGAGCGAGAACCUGCCACUUGAUUCGACUAUUGGGCAGGUUUUCCUGUCGAGCUUUGCAACAAAUCUGGUGUAAAUCCUUGAGGAGUUUAAUAGAGAACUUGAUCAUCGACGAGGAUGAAACUGUACGGCUCAUCAAAUUGUCCACGUCUACGUCGAAAUCCACGAUGAACCAGCUCGUUUACGCGAUAGUCUUGGUGACUUUGUUCCUUCUGUUCGCGGUGAUUUCCCGCAGAAAUCGAAAGGCGCUUCGUCUGCCUCCCGGUCCUUGGCAACUUCCGAUCAUUGGCUACCUACCGUGGAUCGACGCGGAGAAGCCGCACGAAUCUCUCACGAAAUUAUCAAGAAUUCACGGACCGGUGUGCGGAAUUCGGAUGGGUUCGGUGUACGCCGUACUGCUCUCGGAACCUCGGCUGAUAAAGCAAACUCUCGCGAAGGACGCGUUCGCCGGCAGAGCACCGCUCUAUCUUACUCAUGGAAUUAUGCAAGGAUACGGUUUGGUUUGUGCCGAGGGCGAUCGAUGGAGAGAUCAAAGGAAAUUCGUCGGUAGCUGUCUAAGAAAUUUCGGUAUGGUGAAACACGAAGGACCUAGGAGGGACAAAAUGGAGAAACGGAUACUCGAUGCAGCCAACGAAUGCGUAUCGAUGCUCGAAACGCGUUCGGCCAACGAGCCGAUCGAUCCAUUGGACACGCUUCACCAUUGCAUGGGUAAUCUUAUCAACAGCAUCGUGUUUGGGAAAACUUACGAGGAGAACGAUCCGGUGUGGAAAUGGCUGAGACAUUUGCAGGAAGAAGGAGUAAAGGAGAUAGGCGUCGCCGGACCUCUAAACUUCUUACCUUUUCUAAGAUUCGUACCACGAUACGGUAAAACGAUUCGAUCCAUCGUCGACGGCAAAGAGAAAACGCAUCGGGUAUAUCGGACGAUAUUAGAGCAGCACCGAUCACGAAUCAAGGCAAACGCGUCGAACGCGAACACGGUCGAGAGCUUCUUGGCCGCGUUCGACGAACAAAUGAAAAAGAGAAAGCUCGAAGAAUCGAAGUUUUUCACGGAACCUCAGCUUUACCACUUGUUGGCGGAUCUUUUCGGUGCUGGAACCGACACCACUUUGACUACGCUACGAUGGUUUCUCCUAUUUAUGGCUGCCCAUCCUAAGGAACAGGAGAAGAUCUAUUCGGAGAUGAAUGUUAGUCUGGGUGAAAAGGAAGUACCGACCCUAAACGAUAGACUCACCGUCCCCCGUCUCGAAGCCGCUUUGGCCGAAGUGCAAAGAAUAAGAAGCGUUACGCCGCUCGGUAUGCCCCAUGGCACGUUGGAGGAUACGCGAAUAGGUGAAUACGACGUGCCGCGUGGAUCCAUGAUAAUUCCGAUGCAGUGGGCCGUUCACACCGAUCCUACUUACUGGAAAGAUCCUUUCGAGUUUCAGCCUGACAGAUUCUUAACCGAGGAUGGAAGCUUCUUCAAACCGGAAUCGUUUCUCCCGUUUCAAAGCGGUAAGCGCGUCUGCGUCGGAGAGGAACUCGCCAGAAUGAUUCUGUUCAUUUUCGCCGGAAGGAUACUGCGCGCGUUCGUCGUGUCGAUACCGCCGGACGAAACCGUCGACCUCGAAGGCGAAUGCGGUAUCACGCUCGUCCCGAAGCCACACCGUUUAGCCUUUCGCCGACGCGAUCGAUCGUCUUUAUAAUUUUUAUAAGUUCGAACCACUUAUAAAGUUGCUUGUUCGAACGUUGACGACGAAUAAACACACGAAUCUUA